AUGCUGAUCGGAAUCUGUGGCCGUGCGUAUCAAUACUCCAGGGCCCGCAGGGCUUGUAUGGACUAAUGAUUAUUCCAAUAGGUCUCUGCGCUGGGAAGACGGAAGUAGCAAGGUACCUGCAGACAAAACAUGCCUUUACCCUCCUUCAAAUUGCCGCCACUGGCGACGGCCGCAAUUGCCCAUCGUGGACCGAUGGGGAGAAGAGCUACCCCUCGUCUAAGAGCCUACUCGACCACGUAACCCAGCACUGGUCCAAGAGGUUCGUUAUGCUGGGAGUGGGUUCGGUGGAGCCCAGGGUCCUGGACAAUUUUUUGCGCCGCCCAUUCUUCUUGCUAUUGAGCGUGGACGCACCGACAUUGGUUCGAUGGCAGCGGUAUCAAAAGAGGUUCGCCACAUGAUAUUUAUCUGUACGAGGGAGGUCAUGUUGAUCGAGUUGCGGGAAGGAUUGAUAGUUCAUCACAAGAACGGACCCUCGAGUCCUUCGUUCAGGAAUGCGACACAAGCAUGUACCACCCAGACCACGGGAUGGCACACCUUGUCCAAAGGUCUACCAUCCGACUCCUAAACACGACGAACUCUCUCGAAAGCCUACACCAGAACCUCGACGUCCUAAGUCUCGAGGACGAAUCCCGCCUACGGCCGAGCUGGGACGCCUACUUCAUGCAACUGGCCUCCCUCGCCGCGCGCCGGAGUAAUUGUAUGAAACGCCGUGUUGGGUGCGUGCUCGUCCGGGGGAAGCGCGUUAUAGCAACAGGUUACAACGGUACGCCGAGAGGUCUGGUGAAUUGCAAUGAGGGUGGCUGCAAGAGGUGUAACAGUGGCACUUCAAGAGGGGUUGGGCUCACCACUUGUCUUUGUAUCCAUGCCGAGGAGAACGCCUUGUUGGAGGCGGGGAGGGAGAGAGUUGGAGAUGGGGCGACGCUGUAUUGCGAUAUGUCUGUACCCGCUAUUGUUGUUGAAUUGGUGAGUUUUUCGAGUUUUUACUGAUCAGUGUGGUUGGGUAUAGGUGCCCGUGCUUGACUUGCAGUAUUAAAAUUGUGCAGAUGGGCGUUGCGGAAGUGGUUUAUAGUCAUGAGUAUAGUAUGGAUAAUGAGGUAUGGGAGUUAUUUUCUGUUGGGUGAAGUAGUGGCUUACUGGAUGGUAGACUGCGAUAGUUCUAGAAGCUGGUGGGGUCAAACUUCGAAAGUUCUGCCCUGUAUGUUUGGCACCAUCAUGUUAGGAAACCGCGAGCGCUGACCGGUGAACAGGCUAAAGAGGGAUUGUUAUCCGUUUGAUCUGCGUUUGGGAGUGGCGGUUGGUGGUGAUGGUGUCAAAUGCUUGAGUGAGUUUAUAGAUGGCCCUGCGAGUAGUGAGGCUCGCAACGGUGUGCUUCAGCUGGGCUAUGACAGCCACAGAAUCAACCUGUGCGUGGGGAUGCGAGUAUCGAGGUGCUAUAAACAAUCUAUGAUGGAACAAUACUCGUAUCGGUAAUCGUAUUAUACUCGUGGUGUGGCUCAAACGAGUCUUCUUUUUCAUUGAUAUAUGGAGGAGCUAAACCCUAGAAACUCAAUCCUUAGUCUUGGCAAAAAAAGUUGGGUGUCAAGAGCUCGCUCGUUCCCCCAAACAUGCCUGAGAUGAAACUGCCCUUGCACAACAACAAGUGCGGUCGAUAAAUAUAUUCGUCACGUGCCUUAUCUAAGGACAAAUCGCAGCCAAAAGAUGCACCGAAACUUUCUUAUUAGACUCACGUGACGAAUAUAUCUAUCGGCCGCACUUGUAGCCCAAGGCAAACCAACCACACCAUACACACCCGCCGCCACCCUCGUCCGGCUUUAAAAAUGUCAAAGGUUCACCUGCUGGAUACAGUAUCGUAAGUCAUUCGACCCUUGAUUGUCAGUUCCCAACUGUAAACCCCCAACGGGAAGUCUGAAAAUUACAAACAUGCUAGGGGAAACAUCUGCUCUCUCGUGAACGCGAUUGAGCGAGUCGGCUGUGAGAUCGAAUGGAUUAAGUCGCCGGAAGACCUUGCCACCGCCGAAGUACCCCACUUUCCCUACUCCCUAUCAAUUUUCUCCGACUAAUUGCUCCUAGCGCGUCAUCUUCCCAGGAGUCGGAAACUUCGGCCACUGCAUGCAAACCCUCUCCAAUGCCGGAUACACUGAGCCACUAAAGGCCUUCAUAAAUAGUGGCAAACCUUUCAUGGGUAUCUGCGUAGGUUUGCAGGCGCUCUUCACCGCAUCCCAAGAAUCCCCUUCGACCCCCGGGCUCGGAAUAAUUCCCGGAACACUGAGGCUCUUCGACUCAGCCACGAAGUCCGUUCCGCACAUUGGGUGGAAUUCUGCUGCUACGAGAGGGGGCAUUGAAAGGUCGUUUUAUGGGCUGUGCCCGUAUAGCAAGUACUACUAUGUCCAUUCUUACGCAAUGCCGGUGGACGGUGGUGUGCUAGCAGGCGGAUGGGACGUUGCCACGGGGGUAUACGGCGAGGAAGAGUUUGUCGGAGCCAUUGGCAAGGGAAAUGUCUUUGCUACACAGUUCCACCCGGAGAAGAGCGGUACCGCGGGGUUGCGCGUUCUUAAAGCCUUCCUGAACGACCUUUGCACCUCACCCUUAACCGACGUUCGAGUGGCCGAGCGCGCCGAGAGGUCGGGACUAGGAGGACUAACGAGACGAAUAAUUGCCUGCCUCGAUGUGCGCACAAACGACCAGGGUGAUCUGGUAGUCACCAAGGGCGACCAAUACGAUGUCCGCGAGAAGUCCGCCGAAGGCACAAGCCAGGUGCGAAAUUUGGGGAAACCGGUUGAGCUUGCGAAACGCUAUUUUGAAGACGGCGCCGACGAGAUCACCUUCCUGAAUAUCACGAGUUUCCGGAAUUGCCCGUUGGCAGAUCUACCCAUGCUCGAGAUCCUUCGCCAGACCAGUAAAACCGUGUUCGUACCUUUGACCAUCGGCGGGGGGAUUAAAGACAUAACUGACCCGGAUGGGACCGUCCACCCUGCACUCGAGGUGGCGACGUUAUACUUCAAGAGUGGCGCCGAUAAAGUCUCCAUAGGAACCGACGCCGUCACCGCCGCGGAGGAAUACUAUGCAUCCGGCGAGUGCCUUAGCGGAAAUACCACCAUAGAAACAAUAUCGAAAGCCUACGGAAACCAAGCCGUUGUCGUCUCGGUGGAUCCGAAACGCGUAUACGUCGCCUCCCCCUCCGCUACCCCACACACAACCAUAAAAACCGCCUUCGUGGGUCCUCGGGGGGAGGAGUACUGCUGGUACCAAUGCACCAUCAGGGGCGGCCGCGAAGGCCGCGACAUGGAUGUCCAUCAGCUAGUGAGAGCGGUAGAGGCAAUGGGCGCUGGUGAGAUAUUGCUUAACUGCAUCGACAAGGAUGGGUCGAAUUCUGGGUUUGAUCUUGAGUUGAUUGAUGCGGUUAAGGGCACUAUUAGAAUCCCGGUCAUCGCGAGUAGUGGGGCAGGAGUUCCGGAGCAUUUUGUCGAGGUCUUCGAAAAGACUGGAAGUGAUGCUGCGUUGGGGGCGGGCAUGGUAGGUUUUUUUUCCUCCUUCUGUUUGCUUCCGUGAGGGUGGGGAUAUCUGUGCUAAUGGGUGAUAGUUUCAUCGGAGGGAGUUCACAGUUCGGCAAGUGAAGGGAUAUCUAGCAGAGAAGGGGCUGUUGGUGAGGGAUGUGGAGGAUGGGGGGGCGUAGGUGAGCGUAGGUGGACUGGAAUGGUAGAAAUCAGAGAGGUCGUGAUAGCCAGAGUCCAAUUAGAUAUUUGUCCCAUGGCAGUGCUUCCUUUUAUCCCAUACUGUGGUUCUGCGCGGGUGGCAUCAUAGUAUAUCACUCAUGUGGGCAUUUCCCUAGGAGAAAUAGGGAUAGUGAUAUAGGCUAAAAAUUUAUCUCGUUGCUCUACGGUGCAGACCUAAGUACAGCAACUCAAUCAGGCAAUUCACUUGCUACAUUGUGGACUCCAUUGCUGUUACAACUAUAGUGAAAGAAAAACCACAUUAAAUUUUUUGUCAAGCCCCUACCUUAUUGGUUAACAACUAAUUCUCACUGCUUUUCUAGCCCCUCUUACAGACCUUUUAUCAACAAAUGAUCUCCUGUUAUUAGUUUUCCAUCACUCCUUCUCAACUGAGUCCCGAUUCCUUUACUGCUAAUGUCCUUCAGAUAUAGGGGCAGAG